GCCGCCGCAGCGCAGGGCCCGGGGAGGGGCGGAGCCGCAGGCCACAGGCGCGCGCAGACCGGCCCUUCCCGCCCGUCCCGUCCCGUCCCGGCCCGUCCCGCCGGUCCCGGCGCGCAGAAGCAGCGGGGGGUGGCGGGGGCUGCAGGCCGCUGGACACAAUGUCUAAUGUUUGUACCACUGAUGCUUCCUCUGAGUCCCACAGACUGGAUCCAAUUCAGCAGAAGAUUUCAUGUAACAUUCUCUGGGUCCCCAGGAUGUGAACAGGAGCUGUCUGUGAGCCUCACAAAGCCUGCAGAGACUGGCUUCUGAAACCACUCACUGCUCAGCUGGAGGCAUCUCUCUCCUUCAUCUGAAUAGGCAUUUGCACACCGUGUGAGGGGAUGCCCCCUCAUGUGCUGGAGAUGUUGGGUCAUUUGAUAGGGGAAUGAUGGCAGUGUGCAGCCCACAGGUGGUUCAAGAAGGUCUUUAUGGCCAGCUGUUGCUGAAAGGUAAGGUAUCACUGAUGCAGGAUGGGAAGAAAGACCAAAUGUGCAUAUCCAGAAAUAUGCCACUCCUACAUAUUUUGAUACUGCCUUAAAUGUACUGCAUGUAUCUAGUAACCUGAAGUAGCUGAUAUCUCACCGAAUGUGGUAUGUGGUUAGUAUGCAAUAUAUAUGACUCAAAUGUGGUUUUACAAUUUUCAGUUGAUCUUGGACAAGAUCUCAACUUCACUGUGGGGUCUGUGUUUGAUUCUGGUUUGAGGACUUCAGUCUUCAAGGUGUACUAAAAGUUAAAUACCGUGCCAAAUUAAUGUUACUUGAAGCAAAACUGGGGUUUAUCUUGUUUCAGGUGCAUGAAGGAUGCAUUCACUUUUGGUGACUGUAAGCAAGGACUCUCUGAAUUCUGAAAUCCCAAGUCACUGGUCAAAACAAUGACGCUUGUCUGUUUUCUCUGGUUCAAAUGCGUAUUGCUGCCUAGACAGAAAUACCUCGGACAAUUCCUGUAACAUAUCUUCCUUUCUGCAGUCCAGCUCAAUCUUUUUACUGUUGUGAAAUCCUAUCCUCAUGUUGUUUGGAGUUUUCCCCAUCCAGUCUUCUCUGGACAUUGGUUCACAUCUGUGAUUACAUAGCCUUCUGAAGCACACCACUGCCUGGGAUUGUCUUGAUAAGGGCAAUGUAUGAGCUCUCAAGUAUUUUGUAUCUUCUGCAGUGCGUUUCGUAAAGACCUAAAGCAGCGCACAGACAGGGGAACUGCUUGGGUGCUUGUGAACAGCUUGCUUCUGACGACCCUUGAAGCUGGAGCAGCCUCUGCUGGGCCCUGUGCUUUCUGCAGUGAAGGAUCAUGGAUUUUCCAGGACACUUUGAGCAGAUCUUUCAGCAGCUCAACUACCAGAGGCUUCAUGGUCAGCUUUGUGACUGUGUCAUUGUGGUGGGAAACAGGCAUUUCAAAGCGCAUCGCUCUGUUUUGGCAGCAUGCAGCACACAUUUCCGAGCUCUGUUUACCGUAGCAGAAGGAGAUCAGACUAUGAAUAUGAUUCAGCUGGACAGCGAAGUGGUGACAGCAGAAGCUUUUGCUGCUCUGAUAGACAUGAUGUAUACUUCCACACUAAUGCUUGGGGAGAGCAAUGUUAUGGAUGUCUUGCUGGCUGCUUCUCACUUACAUUUGAACUCUGUCGUUAAAGCAUGCAAACACUACCUUACUACCAGGACGCUGCCGAUGUCUCCACCAAGUGAUAGAGUUCAAGAGCAAAAUGCGCGCAUGCAGAGGUCUUUCAUGCUCCAGCAGCUUGGGCUGAGCAUUGUGAGCUCUGCCUUAAGCUCCUCUCAGAGCACGGAGGAGCAACCGAAUACUAUGAGCUCCUCAAUGAGAAGUAACAUCGAGCAGCGCUCUACUUUUCCAAUCCGUCGUCUCCACAAACGUAAACAGUCUUCUGAAGAUCGGGCCAGGCCGCGCAUCAGGCCUGCCAUGGACGAGUCUGUUUCCGAAGUGACCGCAGAGAGUGGGCAGUCAGUGGUUCACUCGCGGGAGGAUUUCUUCUCGCCAGAUUCACUGAAGAUUGUGGACAACUCUAAGGCCGACGUUGUUGCUGAUAACCAGGAGGAUAAUACUAUUCUGUUUGAUCAGUCCUUCAGUGCUCAGGAAGAUGCUCAAGUGCCCAGCCAGUCUGACAACAGCGGAGGAAACAUUUCACAGAUGUCCAUGGCAUCCCAGGCAACGCAGGUGGAAACCAGCUUUGACCAGGAGGCUGCUUCUGAGAAGAACAACUUCCCAUGUGAGAAUCCAGAGGUCAGUCUGAACGAAAAAGAGCACAUGAGGGUGGUGGUGAAGUCUGAGCCCCUGAGUUCCCCUGAGCCUCAGGAUGAGGUGAGCGAUGUCACGUCCCAGGCGGAGGGCAGUGAGUCUGUUGAAGUGGAAGGAGGAGUGGUGAGCGCAGAGAAGAUAGAACUGAGUCCCGAGAGCAGUGAUCGUAGCUUUUCUGACCCACAGUCCAGUACUGAUAGGGUGGGAGACAUCCAUAUUAUGGAGGUGUCAAAUAACCUGGAACACAAGCCUACUUUCAGUAUCACAAAUUUUCUAAAUAAAAGCAGAGGUGGUGGCUUCGGUGCUAGUCAAAACAGUGAUGACAACAUUCCAAAUACCACCAGUGACUGCCGAAUGGACAGUGAUGCCUCUUACCUGAUGAGCCCAGAGUCGGGGCCUGCUGGUGGCCAUUCGUCCGCCACCGUUUCUCACGUCGAGAAUGCGUUUAGUGAGCCCACAGACUCUCAUUUUGUUAGACCGAUGCAAGAUGUGAUGGGUCUCCCCUGUGCACAGUCGUCUGGGUACCGGGCAGCGGAGCAGUUCGGCAUGGAUUUUCCACGGUCAGGCUUCGGCUUGCACUCCCUGUCAAGGGCAAUGAUGGGCUCAGGAAGAGGUGGAGCUAGCAGCUUUCCUGGCUACCGCCGCAUAGCCCCCAAAAUGCCCGUGGUCACCUCGGUCAGGAGCUCCCAGCUGCAAGAUAACUCGUCCAGUUCCCAGCUGAUCAUGAACGGGACCACUGCUUUCGAAAACGGGCACCCGUCGCAGCCUGGCCCACCACAGCUGACGAGGGCAUCUGCCGACGUCCUUUCAAAAUGCAAGAAGGCCUUAUCUGAGCACAACGUCUUGGUUGUAGAAGGUGCGCGCAAGUAUGCGUGCAAGAUCUGCUGCAAGACGUUUUUGACCUUGACAGACUGCAAGAAGCACAUCCGUGUGCACACAGGAGAAAAGCCUUACGCCUGCCUGAAGUGCGGCAAGCGGUUCAGCCAGUCCAGCCACCUGUACAAGCACUCCAAGACAACCUGCCUGAGGUGGCAGAGCAGCAAUCUGCCAAGCACUUUGCUCUAACCUUCUCCGCCCCGGGCCUGAAGGAGAAUGCCAGUGCAGACGUCUAGCUCCCUGAAGCACCGCAGGAACAUGAACACUAUUUUCUUCAAGGCUCAGAGGCUGCUCUUGUCGUUCAGUGAACACGUGUGUUUGUGCCACAUUGGGGAUAUUACUGUACCUACCUCACAGGGCUGUUGUGAGGCUUAAACAGCUGUAAGCAAGGAACUUGGAGAUCUCAGAAGUCGCACUGUGGGUGUGUGAGGUGUUACUGUGAUGUAUGUUCAGGCCUUCGGCUGAUGGGGAUACAAUCCCUAAAGCUAAGCAGUUCCUUUGCAGGGCAGAGGGGUGAGACUAUAGUUAUCUCAUGAAGUAGCACGUUUCAAGAAUGCAAAUUUCCUCUUUUCUUUUUCUAAAGUAUUUUGUAAAAGUGAAAGCAUUUAAAUAAAUGACCUAUAAACCAAGUUGCUACAUUAUGUAUGGACAGUAAUGCAAGAGCUGUUUACUGUAACUAAUGCAGAUUGCAUAUCUUUAAAAAAGAAAAACAACUUUGGAUGCACCUGUCUGACAUAAUGCUUUAAAAUAUGCUAAUUAUAAAAAUAGUUCUAGGGUUAUGAGUGUAUGUUUGGCUGUUUUGUAGUAAAGGACACUGUGUAAUGAAGGUGCUUAAAUUAAACCCAAGACAAGUAACUUUUGGACUGCCAGAUGUAUAUAUACUUUGAAUACAGCAAGAUCUGGAUGUUUGACUGAUUUUUUCUGUAGAAACUUGUAUUAAGUGAUAAGUGAAGUACUGUUUCUUGUUCGUGCUAUUCUUAGCAGUAUUUUAACCAAUUUGUAUCUCCUGUGUUAAAAUUCUAUAUACACAGAAGUCUGAAAAGAGCUUGUCUUUGUCGGCUUUGUUAUUUUGAAGGAGAGAUAAUUUGUGAUGGCUUUUUUUACUGUGUGAGAUAGUCUCUUGCUGUGUCCAGAUGCUGAUAGUCACUCUGAUUCCCCUUUACUGCGUAAGCAUAUUGCCCUUUUCUGACACUCUUAUCUUCUGGCUUUAAUUUCCUCCUCUGUGCACUUACUUUCCUUCACAAUUACUGAUUGUUGCUCAGAUCAAACCAGUCAGGAAUGAUCCUCAUUUUCCAUAUUUAUUUAUGUCUCUUUCUAUAGAAUGUAGUUGUCAAAUCCAGUCCUUCCACUGAAAGUAGUGUCAUAAAUGUACUUUUCCACAUAAAUUAAAAAAAUCUAGCAAAGGUUUAACUUUUAAAAAUAGCACUGCACACUUUGUAUAGCAGAAAUUCAGUGAUCAUUAUUCUUCCAGUGAAUCACGUAAAUCUUGUUUUAAUUUCCUCUUCUUUGAUACCAUUGUAACUAAUGCUGUCUGCAGUCUCUCUUUUUCCUUUGUUAGAGGUGCACAUGAACUAACUACUGGCAUUCUGCAUAUUAGGUUUCUAAAUAAAAUUUUGGAGCACUUCUGCUGAUAAAUGUUGCUCCACCAUACAGGAGCUGAGUCAGGGUCCAUUCUGCUUAGGAGAGACGGAGGGUUUGUAUUUCCUGGUAUCUAAGUCACAGAGCAACAUCUUUCCGUUAAUACAAAAAAAAAAAACCUUGCAAACCUUCCCUGCUUUAUUUUAUUCUGUGUGGCACAUGUGUCCUGUGUGAUGAUAUUCAGCAGUUUUAUGAAGUUUUUGCUACCUAAUAGUUAGCCUUUUUAAGCAUCUUGAACUAAUAUUUGGAUAAACUGAAAAUAAAAUCCUAAUCCACGGUCCUGUAGGUCAUUUAGCAGGAUGAACUGUGAAAACUGUUGAAGCACAGAAACCAAACAGUUAUUGUCAGACCAAAGGAAACAUCGAAACCUUUCUGUACUUGGCUUUAUGUGAAACAGUAGUCUGCUAAUGAAGAAAUAUGUCUUCGUCUCUGAUUAUACCAGUUCACAUUGAAAAAAAAAAAAAGAAAAAGCCAGAUGUCUGUCAGCAUGUUGUUUGCACCUUGACCAUCCAAACUAAAUAGGAACAUGGAAACAGUGAAUGAUUGGAUUCAUUCCUUUAAAACAUUAAGAUUUUGUUACAGGAAUUAUUUAAUAGUCAUAUUUCUGGCUCUUGAAUUUUAUAAGCAUUAAGGAAAUGUGCUGCUUUUUAUAAAGCACUAGGAUAUGCCACAUUUUGUUUGAUAAUUUUGAUAUCAGGGGACUAACAGCAUUGAGCUAUACUAAACAAUCUCACUGAAACGUCAAUAAAAUGCAGUAUUUUGUACUUUAAGAUUUUCUUGUGUUGCCUUAUUAGUAAUGUUCUGGUUGUUUCAUCUUCCUUGCAUUUCUAGUGGUUUGUUUUAAAAAUAGGAUGGUUUUACAUUUUCUAUCUGUUUCCUAAAGCACAUCUGAAUUUUUUUAAUUCUUAUGAUGCAUAGGAAUAAAGCAUCUAUGUGAGUAAGGAGAUUAGAGUAAUUAAGAACUAAUAUGAGCAGAUAAACAUAUUUAACUGUACUUUUGAUCUGUUUUUAUAAAAGUUUUAAUGCUACUGUGAAAUAUCAGGCCUUGUGCAGGAGGACUUCUAUCUUUCUUUAAGAAAAAAUUCAACUUGGAGCAUUUUUGAAAGUAGCAACUUUUACAUUUCAUUAUUGAUUGACAACUAGUGCAUCUGGAGGAGCACACUGCAAACACAGGAGCCUGUGGCUGGCUUGUUGCUUUUGUAGUCUUCCAGUAUGAAGCAAUAUCUCAGAAUGGUAUCUCUACUUCGCUAUCACCUACUGUAAAAUGAGAAUAUCUCAUCUCAAAGCCUGGUAACACUGUCAGAGAGCUUAUCACCCUGAUUUUUGUUUAAAAUUUAACUUUACAGAUGCUAUGGUGAGAUCUCAUGUGAAGAUGUCAGUAUGUUAGUAUUACAGAACAUAUGAAAAUAAACCCUACAUUUUUGUGCUGUUGUGUCUGA